GAUAUCUGCUUUACUUUAUUUUUCUGUUUUUAAGGACGUUUCGAUCCUUGCAAAUUCUCGUCGGUACACAUGGCGCGAAUCCACAGCAUGGUGGUGGAGACUCUGAUGGACGACGAGGAGAAUCAGAUCCGCGGUUAUACACAUCUCAACGACGAGUCCGGAUUGACCAUGAGCCAUCUCAGCGCGUGGUCCUUCACAGACAUUCGCAAUAUAUUGAGAUGCAUACAGAACAGCACCCCGAUACGUCACAAGGAGACGCACUUCAUCAAUAUUCCGGGCAGCGUGGCGAAGAUCGUUGAGUUCGCCAUUUCGCUGCUUAAUGAUAAGCUCAAGUCUCGUGUUAUGAUACACAAGGAUAUAGAGGAGCUGAGAGAAGCGAUAGAUCCGAAAAUACUGCCGAAGGAAUACGGAGGGGAAAUUCCGCUCUCGGAAAUGAUCGCUGAAUUCAAAAAGGAUCUGAAAGAGAAGAAAGAACAACUCAAAGCUCUCGACGAUAUGUACAUCGAGAUUUCACUAAAAGAUUGUCACACGGCUAAUAACGAAGAGCUAGGCGGAAUAUGCGGUUCGUUUCGAAAGUUAGAAGUCGACUGAGGGCUAAUUUAUUUCUAUUUCAAUCUCAUAUUGAUAGCAUUUAAUUUUAAUAGCUAUUUUCGUGUGAUUGCAUCUCAUGUAUCAAGGAGCAAUCGUUUUGAUAAAAAUUGAGAUACUUUAUUAUCCUUUUUUUUUUCAGCACAAAAUCAUUUAUGUAUAGAAAUAUGUCAUUAUAUUGUGACAUACAAAUUAUGAAUAUGUUAAACGAGUAAUGCAUACGAUUUAUAAAUACAUCUCAAGAAUCUUAACUAACUGGUUUUAAUGCUAUUUACAUAGUCGUUUUCUUUCUAGAUUCUAUUUACAUUAAACAAAAAAAAAAUUUUAAUGUUAAAUGUUUAGCGUUAAGUAACAUUGGUACAAUCGGAUCUGUAUAUGAAAUAAGUAUAAGGGAAUUUAUAUUUUUAUGUGCUAAACCCCUCAUAAAACAUUGUGUGAAUAGUAUCCAUUAACUUAUGCAAUAAGUCUUUCUCAUGUAACAGUUAAGACUCACUAGCGUAUACGAGCGAGUUAAUAUUCGUUUCGCCGGUGGUACCAAGUUACCUAUGACCUUUAUAAGUCAUUAUCUUGACUAUAUCUUAAAACAAAUUGUGACUUGACACAAUCCUACCGUUCCUUUGUUGUUGCAAUUAUGAAACGUGCAUUCGCAUCGUUUUAAUUAGCAGUUACUUUAUAUACUUAUAUUUGAGUUAAAGCA